AUGGCUAAAGAGAGACUAGACGAUUGUGGAGUGAUACUACAUGAUAGUCACUCAAUCUCUGAGUUCGUGGUCGUUAUGAUCGUGUUGUGUUGCGGUCGAAUUGUUCGAGCAUUCUUAAUUGCAGUCUUGCUGAUUGUUCGAGCGUUCAUGAUCAAGGGUGUUGAUGAUGAGUCUGCAAAGUUUUUUGCAAACAAUCGAAGGAGACGAGCGAAGAAUUGGUUUAUCGGAGUUGCAGAGCAGCACGGCAAAGCUCGCGACGCUCAGAAUGAGCAGAAAGCAGGGCCCUCCCAAGCACCAAAACAGAUACGCUUGGAAACCCAACGCCGGCCAGAAAAUCAACGAAACGUACAGGAGGUUGGAGGUAGGUUCCGCCCCUAUUCUGAUAUCACCGGAGUUUGUCUCCGCUGCAAGGACCAAAUUGAUUGGAAACGCCGUUACGGCAAGUAUAAACCCCUUUCUGAACCUGCCAAAUGUCAACUGUGUUCGAAGCGGAAUGUUCGUCAAGCCUAUCAUAAUCUCUGUCCCGGUUGUGCCAAGGAGCAAGGUGUAUGUGCAAAGUGUCGGUGUCGGGUAGAUCAAACUGUUGGAAGGGAUUUGUCUGAAGUGGAGGCUGAGCAAAAGACGCUUCAAGAGGCCAUAAAGAAUGCUCGAGAAAGGGAUCGCAGGACUCUAUUACGUGCUAUGGAGAAAGGGAAAAGUAAGAGUUCAAAUGAAAACAAAUCAUCAGUUAAAGAAGAAACCAAGGUUGGGGAUUCAAUUCCUUCAUCAACAGAAGAGCAAGCUGAAUCAGGUAAAAAUGAGGAUGACAACGAAAUUACCGAUGGCACAGAUGACGAUAAUUACGAAGACGAAGAGGAAUUUGAAAAUGAAGAAAAUGAUGAAGAUGAAGAUUAGAAAGAAUAGUAAAUUAAUCCUCGUUAGGGGCAUGUUUUUCACAAGUUGAUUAUGUUUUUCACAAGUUGAUCUGCACGAGUCGUAUGAGGAUGACCAAUUGACCAUAGAAGUUGUAACACUAUUUUCUUCUCGAGAGGUUAAAUUUUGAUGAGUUCAUUUGUUUAGUUCUUAAGGGGUGCUUCAAUUACUGUGUAAUAGAAAUUUAGUUAAUUUAGUUAAAAUAUCAUUUUGGUUCUUACA